AUCAACAGCAGACAUCAGGUCACAUCAAACAAGUCUCUAAAAAAUAACCUUCAGAGGAUAACUUUCAAGAUGUUCUGGAGAUUUCUCUGUGUGGUGGAGUCAUGGAGUUUUGACAUUCUAUCUAGGCUUACUGGGACUGGCUGGGACAAACUGGACAGUAGCAGAAAGAAAAAUGUGACACCUUGGAGGACACUGUGUAUGUACUGUACUUUCCUUUUCUCCUGGGUAAAGGGUCUACUUUUAAACCGCGUGCAAAGUGCUGGGAUAGAUAACAAUGAGCAACUGUUGAGGCAAUCCCGUUUUGGCUCUGUUAGUGCAUUACAAAGCCUUGUAAAAGAUGGCGCUGAUGUUAACGCAAAGGACAAGGUCAGUGAUCAGACAGCGUUGAUGUAUUCCACUGCAAAUGGUAACAGCGAUGUUACUAGCUAUCUGGUGGAGGCUGGAGCUGAUGUGAAUGCAAGGGACAACACUGGUCAGUCUGCAUUGAUGAUUGCUGCUCAGGUUGGCUACAGUGACAUUGCAAAAUGUCUGGUGGAGGCUGGAGCUGAUGUGAAUGCACAGGAUAUUUACAACAAGUCUGCACUGUGGCUGUCAGCAUGGUACGGUCAUAUCGACAUUGUCGGAUAUCUCAUAGAGGCAGGAGCGGAUGUUGACGUGGAAGCAAAGCGUGACGAUACCAGUACCAACGCUUUCGCAAUAGCGAUGGCGACAGAGUUCGGCCACAAGGAAACUGUCCUCGCACUCAUUAAGGCCGGAGCAAAUAUCAAUUUGUACUUCAAUGAGAGGACACUGCUGAGUAUUGCGGCUACCAAUGGACAUAAAGAUGUUUUUUUGGCUCUCCAUGAAGCUGGUGCAACAGAAAACAGGUACAAUUUCAUUUCAAUGUUAGAAGACUGUAUCAAAGAUGGACACCUAGAGAUCUCACAGCUCAUUGGAAAUCUAGUGGCUGAUGAUGAUGUGAUUAGAUCAGACAUUUUGAGAAUGUUUGAGAAAAUCCCCUAUCAAGAUGGCAUUUUGUGUAUUGAUAGUCUCCGAACACUGAUCUUGUUAUUUGACAAAUUGAACAUUCCAAUUUCAUUAAACAAAAGCAGCAUACCAUUUCAAGACACCAUCGACUAUGGCACUCACAGUGCUCUGUGCGAACGAGGCAAUCUUCUUACAAAUACCAGUACAUUGCCCGAAGAUCUUGCGAGUCUGCCAAAUGUGUCUGAACUGAUUACAUGUCCUGGCAUUGGGAAUAUAAACUGUCUUCCGAAUGGAACUGCAGAGGAAAUAUCAAAAUUCACCUACGAUGUCGUGCUUGCAAUGGUUGAAAAACUCAAUUCAGAUAUUGAUACUGAGCACAACCUGGGCAGCGCUGUCAUGGUCAAAUGUGGAAGUGCUGCGGAGGGUACGAAGACGGUACUGCCUGAUGAAUUCGACUACGACAUCACAUUCAAAACUGACAGGGAAACAGGACAAGUUGUCGAUUUCAGACACGAUAAUAGUGAUGACGGCUACAAGUUUUAUUCUCGCAGAAAAACAAACGAAGCCGUGAAAAUUGGGACCAAUUCUCAGACGAAAGGUAGCAAGAUAUUCCACAUUGAGUUUUUUGAUAGACUAAUAUCUGGUCAAGCUGUCGAGAACAUACAGAUAGAUUCUAUGGUAAAAGGUGGUGGCCAACCAAAUACUGCCAUCAAGAUCGUAUGGCAAGAACCCAACACAAACCAUAAGCUCCCAAUAUCUGUAGAUUUGGUCCCAGUUUUGCAAUUCGCUGGCGAAUGGCCGGAAUAUCUCAUUGAAAAAACUUGGUUGAUGGACAAAGAAAUGCUGAAAUCUAGGGGAUUUUGUCUGGUAGCUAAACCACCACAUGCCGACAGUGACCUUGGAAAGCGUAUGAGAGAAAAGGACCAGGAAUACGAGAGAACACAACUUUGGCGCAUCUCCUUUGCUCAUCUCGAGGCGGAGCACAUCGCAAAGGUACAACCUCGGAUCAGAGAUGCGUACGUUGCAGCCAAGUGUCUACGUAACCCCGACGUCUGCCGAAUCAUGUUUAGGGACAAGGAUGGCAUCCUGAAUAACGCUGACAAGUAUGUAUCAAGCUAUAUGCUGAAAACGGUCUUCCUUCACAAAGUUGAGGACUUCUUGGAAAAUGAAAAAAGUUUGAUCGAAAUGGUUGACAUUAUAUACACGGAGCUAGAGCGCUGCUUAGAAGACAAGGUUCUCCCAUUAUUCUGGCAACCAGGAGCUAACCACAUAGCAGGAAUGAAGGGUGACCCGAAGAAGGCAUUGCGUGUGGCGAAACUGAUGAGAGAGUUUGUCGGUCGAUUGAAAAUGAGGGAAAUGGACAGCGAUACAAAGGGAACAGAAUCGAACGGCAAGUUGACAGAGCAGUCCAGACAGGUGUCCGACACUGAUCCUUUGAAGUCCAAGGAAUGCGAGGAGGCACCAUCAGAGAACAAGCCCCUUUGUCAAUGCCUGCCAGCCCUGUGCCCCCUUGGUUACUAUGUUAUCAUGGAAAUCGAUGAUGCCACAGACAAGAACAGCCGGGAGAAGGAGGAUUGCAGUGACAGAUCAGAGGACAAAUCUAACCACCAGGGAAGGGGCAAGAUGACACCCUUUUAACCCCAUGGAUGUUAUUAGCCUAAUUAGAACAUAUAAAGUGUAUAAAAGAAUAACAUUUCACCAUGGUAAAAUGCUGGAGAAAUAUUUUUGAGAUGAGAGGUAUCACUUGGUCCUUAAUAGCGAAAUUGGCCUUUGAUCCGGUUUGAUAUUGGACAUCAAAGUUUCCAAACUGUCUCUGUGUCCCUCUGUGACAUAUAUUCUAGUUUUAUCACAAUCAUAUUAUGAAAAACUUGAAUUUAACCCAAUAGAGCCACCUAUUUUUUUGCACUUUCCAUCUGUAACCGCGUAUUUUUUGGAGGAUUUCACAAAUUCAGAUAUGAAAAAUAGAAUUUUUCAAUGAUCUUUAUAUAUUGAUGGAAUUCAAAUUAUAUGAAAGCUAAUUCUCUAAAGAAUUCAGAUGUGCCAAAUUUUUGGUGGGGGGGGUCAACUUUUGGUCACCUUUGACCUUGACCAGUGACCUGGACAUCGUUAUCAGAUUCCCCAUCAUCUAGAGGUCCUAAAUCAUCAUCACUCAUCGAAUUCGUGAAUAAUUUUAUCUGAUCAUCGUAAAUUCCUCACCAUCUCAGAGCCAAACUCACCCGAUUGCUAUAGAAAGAUGCAAAUUAAGCAAUCCGGGGAUUCCCCAUUGUGAUUUCCCCCUGUGAUUCCCCGACACCAAGAAUAGAAACCCACAUGUUUUAAUUAUUCCAUAUUUGGAUAGCCCAGUGUAAUGGCGCAAUAGCCGGGGAUUCCCAAGUGGGUUAUUCCAGCCUGUUUUAAAGGACAUUGUCGAUAAGGCAGUUCAGGAUGGCAAUUAUGGCUCUAUUGGGUUAAGCUAAUUCUAAUGAAAGGUCAUGAAGAUAUGGGCUGUUUUCCGUGCCCCCAAGAUGAAAUCAAAGACCAAGUGUAAUAAUCCUGUAAAACUUCGUCAAAUUGGAGCAAAAACCUACUUUUUUUGUUUUUCACUAACAUACAUUUAUUCUUUCCCGAUAUUAUGUGCAAGUGUUGCACCAAGUGCUCUGUCUAACUGAAUUUAACCAUUUUGGCUAAAAUGUUGCCUAGUAUUACCAUUUCUCAGGUCAAAAAACAUAUUGGAAUAGAUUUUUGCUCAAAUUGAUAAUUUCAUUAAUUAUUUUGCAUUCAUUUGUAAGUACAUAGUGUAAACACAGAGACAAACA